AUGCUGGGUGCUGAGUGCCCAAAGCCCUGCAAGGGGAAAUGGCCAACGCCGCCUUUCGACCCGCGCUUCCCCAACCAGAACCAGACCCGCAACUGCUACCAGAACUUCCUGGACUACCAUCGCUGCAUCAAGACCAUGAACCGCCGCGGGAAGAGCACACAGCCCUGCGAGUACUACUUCCGCGUGUACCACUCGCUGUGCCCCAUCAGCUGGGUGCAGCGCUGGAAAGAGCAGAUCAAGGACGGAACUUUCGCUGGGAAAAUCUAA